AUGAAAAAGAAAUACAAGCUAAACUUUACCGAAUGCAAUAGCCAUACAAUGCUAUCUGUGAAUAUUGACGGAAAUUUAUUCCAACUUAUCCCGACCUAUCUGAAUAGUACGAGCUGGAAGAACGAUGCAGAUAAGUUUGUAUCAUUUUUGAGCAGUCUAAAUCCAACCAGCUUCUGUAUUAUGGGAGAUCUAAAUGCAAGAAUAGGUGAACAACAAGUCCUGGACGAAAAUAUAAUCAGGGACCAACCUCAUAUAAAUGUAAUUAGGUGCUCUAAAGAUAAGAAUAUAAAUACACAAGGGAGACGGCUUUUGAAUAUGAUUGAGGACAUAGGUGGUAUUGUGGUAAAUGGAAGGACUUUAGGUGAUUUGGAUGGAAAACUUAGUUUCUUUGGUGUAAUGGGAAGCUCAUUGAUAGAUUACUGCAUUUGCUCAUCUGAUUUGUUGCAAUAUAUUGAGAAUUUUGCAAUACUUGCUAAGCCGUUUUCAGACCACAUGCCCAUCUGUCUCCAGCUUAAAAUCCCAAAGCAUUCUAGCAAUGUGACUAAACAGAAUGAUACUAGAAGACUUUAUUGGAGCGAUAGAAAUAUGACUCAAUACGGGUUAAAUCUGGGUAACACCCCAGUGAAUGGAUACUACCGUGCAGAUAUGUCUGUGGACGACAUGAUCUGCGGUAUAACGCAAAAGAUUAGACAGGCACAUGUCAAAAACACAAACAGGAAAUUUUUUGAGCCUAAACAGCCGUGGUUUGAUUGGACAUGCUUCCGUUUGCGUUCAGUAAUGCGCAGGAACCUUAAAGCGUUUAGGGCUCUCCAUACUGAUGUUAAUAAGAAAAGAUAUUAUUCAUCGAGAACCAAGUUUCAAAGACUAUGUAGUAGGAAGAAAUUGGAAUAUUAUAAUGAGAACCUCAGAAGACUGGACAGAGUAACGAGUAGCAAGGAUUGGUGGAACUUGUCGAAUUCAUUGAAGAAUAGAUCACAAAAUUCAAAAGGAAAUCUUAAUGCUGAUGAUUACAUGGUACAUUUUAAGGCAUUACUACUUAACCGAAAGGAAUCCGAGAACAUACACUGGUGUUUGCCUUAUUACGUCGACCCAUUCCUUGACUCUCCCUUUGAACUGUGUGAACUAUUCUUUGUUAUUAAAGGGCUUAGAAGAAAUAAGUCUCCAGGGCUGGAUGGAAUCCCUUAUGAGUUCUAUAAAUACGCUCCUCGCAAUUUUCUAGAAGAAAUAUUGGCUGUCUUCAACACUAUAUUCCUUAAUGAAAGGAUUCCGUUAUCUUUCAGAGAAUCUACCUUGAUACCGUUGUUUAAAAAAGGUGACGUUAACAUUGCGGCUAAUUAUAGGGGACUCUCACUUCUAAACACUAACUUCUCCAAUAUGUAA